ACUGGAGUGUACGGUGCAGGCAUAAUAUGUGCUCGUCGACUCAACUAGCUUUGGGAGCCAUACAUCCAAUAGUAUCUUUUAGAUAUCGCUAUUGCUAACAAAAAACGCCAAAUCGCUAAGGAUUUACGUUCCAUUACCCUCUAAUUAGUAGCAGUUGAUACUUUGAAAACAGUACCUUUUUCUAAGAGUCUAUGCGAUAUAAGAAGAGUACAAUGUCCCUCUCGUUAUCGUACCAUCAUUCAAACCACAUCAAAAAUAUCUAGGCUACAACUGAGGCGGAAGUACUGUUCAAACUCACAAUUUACUCCACGUCUGCCCGCGAUGUCCGACAACAUUGAUCCCAACGCCAGAAGGGAAGUGAAUGACGCGAUUGCUAGCGCUGGGAGCAAUGCCAUUGGACAGAUGGUUGACACUGCCAAUUCCUCUAUCGAGAAGCGUCGCAGGAACAAAGAGAUACGAGCGAAACGCGAGGCUGAAGAGAAGGCCGCAAAGGAGGGAGGUUCUACUAAGAGCGGAAAGUCCGGAUAGACUGCCAUUCAGGCUGGUUACCUAGCCUUACUGGCAGUCUGUAGCCAGAAGCUUGACCACUGUUUCUACUAUCGUACCCACAACUUUUCUCUCUUUCAGUCGUUACUGUCUUUGGAAUGUAUAUUCUUUUCUAUUAACCUGGGAGAUCUGCUCUGAGGGAGAAGAACAUCUCAGUUAACAUUUACUCCUUAGCUCCCUUGAAUUUUUGAUUCUGGCGCUUUCAGUGGAUUGUUGAGUAGUCAGUUCUCUUGCGGAAGCGUUACGCAUCUUCUUCUCUAGCCCAACUUCGUAAUACCUAUUGACACACCCGUGUCGACGUAUUUAGGAGUUGAUUACUUGAUUUACUUUCUUGAUAUUC